AGACAAGAAGUAGUUAAUUUUACCAGAAAUAUGGCGGUAAUGUAACAACAAGGAGCGAAGUCUGUAAACUAAACAACAGGUUGAUUUAUAACUAGUUAAUCGUUGCUGGGAGGAAAGUUUGUCUACCAAAAUCCAAUUUAACUACAAAGCUCGUUGACUUGCGUGUGCGGGACUAGCGGGACCUCAGGAUGAGCAGCUGGGGGGACCGGCUGAAGAAAGUGGAGCAGCUCGCUCAGUCGUUCCAGCAGAACCCGCUGACGACGCCCUACAAACCUCGACUGUGGCCGUGCCAGCCCUCGUCUGUCUGGAAGCUCUUCCCUCGACAGAGCCUGGCCAUCAGCUUCGCUCAGAGCUGCAGAGAGGCCGUGCAUGUUUUCGCGCUUGAAAAGGAAAAGGCCCCGCUGGGUCAAAGGAUCUACCUGGUCACAAGUUACAGCGAGCUGUGGCAUUAUUACAGGGCUUACCCUCAGUCAUUGAUGCACUGUUAUGAGUUGAUACCGGAGGGGGCAGUGUGCAAGCUUUACUUUGACUUGGAGUUUCACAAGCCCUCAAACGAAGGAUCCGAUGGGAAGUCUAUGGUUUCCCUGCUCAUCCAGUAUGUCUGUGCCAAGUUGAGGGAAGUUUAUGGGAUUGAAUGCUCAGUGAAAAACGUCCUGAACCUGGACUCCAGCACGGAUGAGAAGUUCAGUCGACAUCUGAUCUUCAUGCUACAAAACGCAGCUUUUAAAGACAACAUCCACGUCGGUAGAUUCAUCCACCAUAUUCUUCAGCCCAUCAUCACCAAACUCAGAAGCGAGAGCCGUCUACACAAAGGGGACAUCCCUCAGUCAGACAGCGAUAGACAAGUUCACGUUGUCUCUGAGGCGGCUCAGAGUCCACUUACAAAGAGGCGAAAAGAGGAAGUGAGCGACCUCGGCUUUUUGCUGGUGACAAACAAGGACGGCCAUAACGGUCUUUUUGUGGAUCUGGGUGUGUACACCAGGAACAGGAACUUUCGGCUGUACAAGUCCUCAAAGGUUGGGAAGAACGCUGCGUUCACUGUGGCCGAAGACAACCAGUUUGCUGCCAAACCUGCCAAAGGAGCGUCUGUUGAGGAAAGUGUCUUCUUGGCAUCCUUAGUGUGUAACAUCAGCUUCACAGGUCAGAGGAUCCUUACUUGGGACGGUACAGAAAAUAAAGAGGCUAAAACUCCAACCCCUCAGUGUCAGCAGGGAUCUGAUUCUAAUCCAGGCACCUUUUCUGGCUGCCUGUCCUCUCCUUACCAAGAAGUGGACAACUUUGUGUUAACCUUGGUCAGAAAGGACGGAGUUCAGGGAAGCAUUCGAAGAUGGAGCUACUUUGCUGCAGAUCAGCUUCUUGUCUAUGACAUCGCCAACUACCGCUGGUGUGAAAACGUGGGCAGGUUUCAUAAGAGCAACAAUGUCAUGAUUGUCGUGGACCUCAAAGUGGAGGUUUGGUACCAGAAGUGUCACGAUCCAGACUGCAGGAACUUCAGGUCCUCGAGUUUUCCACUGCCACAAGAGAUCUGUGUCAGCUACAUCCUCAGUCUGGACGAGGAGGAUCAGGCGUACCUGAUGGACGACACGGGCAACUUUGAACCCAGCCAGGCCUCGAGCUGUCCUGCGGAGGAGGCUCCUGAAGUGUGGGGAGAUGAGCAGGACGAGCGGGAAUAUUUAAAGAGCCUGGAUGACUUUGAAGAAAACAACGCAGAGAUCUCUGACCAGCUUCUGCUUACAUGUGUGGCAGACUUGGACUCCUAGAGCGCGACUACCUUCUGUUGUGGCUCCAGCAUACUAGAAAUACUCAGAACUACUCAUAAAUACACAAUUAAAUUGUUUUAAACAGCUUGUCAGCAAGCUAUUUUGUUUAACUGAGGAUGGAUAAUUACUGGUAGACUAAAGAUAAAAGCUACACAUUUUAAUAAAUAUAGCAGUUCCACCUUAAAUGUUAUUAUAAUUGAAUGCCUUUCAUUAAAUCUUUAAAUAUUG